UUCAGGGACUCUUGUGAGGCGCCAUGGUAACUUGUCAGGAGAGUGCUGAGAAUUUAGCCCAGCAAUGGUUUGAGGGGGUGAAAUGCUGCCUCUGGACGGCCCCGUCUGGGUGGCCCCCUAGGAGGGCAGCGUCAGGCUGGGCUCCGCUAACGGAGCCAGGUGCAGUGGACCAAAGCCACCACUAGAUGGUACUCAAGGACUAGGAUCGAGCAGAACAACGUCCGGGCCCCUCCAGUAGUUCUGGGUGUGAUCCAAGGCCAGCUUGUCGGCCAUCUGGGAGCGGAGUUGCAGACGCUGCACUCCCUCCGUAAAGCGGGGAGUCCUGAGGGCUUUGAUGGACUCGGGCACUGGCUGGGGGUUGCAGGUUUCUCACGCCUUAGCCCGCGGAGGGGGCGCAAGUGCAGCCUGUGACCUUUGGACUGGACAGGGGCAGUCGCACAAGGAAAAAGAACCAACCUCCCUACAGGCCGUGGACUUUACCCCUGCUGAUGCCAGGAAGCACAGGACAAGAAGACCGUGCGCAGCCUGCAGCCCGGGCACCGUGCGGGGACCUCUAACGCUGCACUUAGGCGUGAGGACUUGGGAGGCUGUCCUUGACGAGGCUCUCUGGUUUGGGGGGUUUGGGGUUUAGUUUGUUUUCUAGUCCUGAACCACUGAAGAAAGAGCUUGGCGCUUGACUCUCGGAGACAUGAAUUAUGCACGGUUCAUUAACGCGACCAGCGCGGCCAGAAAACGUUCUCCCAUCCGAACCUUGGAUGACUUUGUGCACAUGCCAACAAAAUCUUUCAUCUCUUUGGCUCCUGGAUGCCCAAAUCCAAACACCUUCCCCUUUAAGAGUGCUGUUAUCACUUUAGAAGGUGGAAACACCAUACAAUUUGGAGAAGAGACCAUGAAGACAGCACUUCAGUAUUCUGCAAGUUACGGAAUUCCAGCACUUGUGUCCUGGCUGAAACAGUUACAAAUAAAAUUGCACAAUCCUCCCAACACCCAUUACCCACCUAACCAGGGACAAAUGGAUCUCUGCAUCACAUCGGGCAGCCAAGAUGGUCUCUGUAAGGCAUUUGAAAUGAUAAUUAAUCCCGGAGAUAACAUCCUCCUAGAUGAACCAGUUUAUUCCGGAACACUUAAAGCUGUAAGUGCACAUUUUUGCAAAAUGACAUCCCGCUCCAGUGAUGAGUUUGGGAUUAUCCCAGACGCCCUCAAAGAAAUACUUUCCAAAUGGAAACCAGAAGAUUCCAAGGACCCCAACAAAAACACCCCCAAGUUUCUCUAUACUGUUCCAAAUGGCAACAACCCCACUGGAAACUCAUUGACAGGUGACCGUAAAACAGAGAUCUACAAGCUUGCAAGAAAAUAUGAUUUCCUCAUAAUAGAAGAUGAUCCUUACUAUUUUCUCCAGUUCAGCAAGCCCUGGGCACCGACAUUUCUCUCCAUGGAUGUUGAUGGGCGUGUCAUCAGAGCUGAUUCCUUUUCGAAAAUCCUCUCCUCGGGGUUGAGAGUGGGUUUUGUAACGGGCCCAAAACCAUUGAUAGAGAAAAUUGUUUUACACACACAAGUAUCAUCAAUGCACCCCUGCAGUUUCUCACAGCUCAUGAUAUCACAGCUUCUACAGCAAUGGGGAGAAGAAGGCUUCCCGGCUCACGUGGACAGAGUGUUGGAUUAUUGAUUUCUACAGAGAGACGCCAUAUUGGCAGCUGCGGAGAAGUGGUUAAGUGGUCUGGCAGAAUGGCAUGUACCUGUUGCUGGUAUGUUUUUAUGGGUUAAAAUUACAGGCAUUUCUAAUUCACAACAACUGAUUGAAGAAGAAGCCCUUAAAAAAGAGGUUCUACUGUUUCCUGGGAGUGCUUUCUACAAGGACAGCUCCACUAAUAGCCCUUACUUCAGAGCCUGCUUCUCCACUGUUUCUGCAGAACAGAUGGACGUGGCCUUCCAGAGAUUAGCCCAAAUUAUAAAAGAAGCUUUAUGAAGAAACCCAACUAAUCAUACUAUUCAUGGGUUUUUCAGAUUAAUUAGUUCUAUGUUUUAUCUGGAGGAAGCAAUUAUUGUUAGUCUUUCAGAGUGAUAUCAAGCAUGUAUGUCAUGUAUGUGUUUCUGUAGUGGUAUAACUAGAGAACUUUUGGAAAGCCUUUAAAUCCAUCAGAUUGCAAAAAUGUAUUUGUAAGCCACUUAGGCUUUUACUUUGCAGUCCAUCAAAAAAUUGUUUUUUUCUUUUAUUUUACUGUAAAGAACUCUGUGGUUGCCUUAUGUUG